AUGCCUCGCCAGGCCGCCCCGCGGUGGGUGGUGGGGGAAAGUAGGGGGUCCCAGGGGGUUCUGGGCGGCGCCGCCACCAUGCUGCGCUCCCUGCUGCUCCACUCCCUGAGGCUCUGCUCGCAGACGGCCUCGUGCCUCGUGCUCUUCCCGCGCUUCCUGGGCACGGCCUUCAUGCUCUGGCUGCUAGAUUUCCUGUGUAUCCGCAAGCAUUUACUGGGCCGUCGGCGCCGGGGUCAGCCGGAAACCGAAGUGGAGCUAAACAGCGACGGCGAGGAGGCGCCCCCCGACGACCCGCCUGUCUGCGUGUCCGACGACAACCGCCUAUGCACCUUGGCGUCGCUGAGGGCCGUCUGGCACGGCCAGAAGUUGGAUUUCUUCAAGCAGGCGCAUGAAGGCGGGCCGGCGCCCAACUCUGAGGUGGUCCUGCCCGACGGCUUCCAGAACCAGCACAUCCUCGACUACGCCCGAGGAAACCGCCCGCUGGUGCUCAACUUCGGCAGCUGCACCUGA